UUUGCCCAUCACACACACACUCUCUCUCUAGCUUUUUACAUUUUUACCCUCGUCUUUCUCCCUCUGCUCCCAACCCCCACUCACUAGAAAAGGACAGUAUCCCCUCGUCCACCCCUCUAGCUGAGCUCAAGCCUCCACAAGUUUCAUUGCACAAAGAAACGAGCGAGAGCGAGAGGGAAAGGAGAACACACAGCCCUCUUUGUCACUCGUCUGCAACAACCUUGCAAGAGAUCGAGAGUGUGUGAUCGAUCGAUCCAUGGAGCUCUUCCCCUCCCAGCCGGACCUCUCCCUCCAGAUCGGCCUCCCCGCAAGCGCCACGCCCCACGACCACCACCACCACCACGGCGCCACCGCCCUCAGCGCCAGGUUCCUCGCGGCAGCAGCCGCAGGCGGUGGCGGCAGCAACGGAGUCGUUCCUGGCGGCAACCCGGCGGCGUCCAUGGCGCCGUCGUCGCUGCAGCUGCCCAUGCCCAUGCCGCUGCCGCUGCCGGUGCAGCUGCCGAUGCCCGUGCCCCCCAACGCCGCCGCCGCCGCCGGGGCGGGCGGCGGCCUGUACUACCACCCCGACACCGCUGCGGCCGCCGCCAUGCUCCGGCCCAUCCGCGGGAUGCCGCUGUACCAGCACCCGCACACGCACGCGGUGCCGCCGCCGACGUUCCCGCCGCCGCACGCGGCGGGGGCGGGGGCUGGCCCGUGCUUCUGCGAGCCCUGCCACGUCGCCGCGGGCGCCUGGCGCCGCGCCGGGUGCGGCGUCGGGGCGCGCGUCGCCGGGUUGGGUUUCCCCCCGGCCAAGCGCGCCGCCAGGGCGCCGCGCAUGCGCUGGACGUCCACGCUCCACGCGCGCUUCGUCCACGCCGUCGAGCUCCUCGGCGGACACGAAAGGGCAACUCCCAAGUCAGUUCUUGAGCUCAUGGACGUCAAGGAUCUCACCCUGGCUCAUGUCAAGUCUCACUUGCAGAUGUACAGGACCGUGAAGAACACCGAAAGGCCGGCAGCUUCGUCAGAUCAAGCUGAUGGGUUCGAGAACGGGUCGGCCGGCGAGAUCUGCGACGACAACUCUUCGCUCGAUCUGCACGGCAGCGCCGGCAGGCCAGAGUCGGCGGCGGCUCGGCAUGGAAGGUUAGCUGCCUGUAACGAUCAUGGGAGCAGCACCGGCGCUCAUGGUGCCCUCUGGAAUAGCUCCUCAAGGGAAGACUGGACCGGCUUUCCCAGCGACUCCAACACCGGGAGCAUGAGCAUGCACUCUCGAUCUCUCAAGGAUCAGACGAUGCAUUCCAAGAGCCUGGAGAUCCUCUCGGACAUGAACUCCUCCUGCGUGUCGGAGACGACGUCGUGUGCCAGCGAGUUGAACCUGGAGUUCACCCUAGGCCCACGCAUCAGGCACUAGUAGCAUGCAACCAGAGGUCAUCCACGGCGGCGACAAGCAGGAUCGGAGGAUUAGCUAGGCUAUGAGGGUUGCUUUGCUUUGCAUGUGUUCAUGGGAUAUGAUCGUGUUAAGAUGGAUGCAUUGAUGGUCCCAGAGAGAGAGAGGCACCAUAUAUGCAUCUUUCACUGUUAAAAGGAGGCCAUGGACAGACAGCAGCAGCCAGGAAAAAGGAUUAAAGGUGUAGCAUCAGCAGCAGCUAGGUAGUGGUAGUGGUAGUGGUAGAGGUGAGGUGAUCGAUCGAUCGAAAGCUAGCUAGCUAACAGCGCUGCAAUGUGUGUAAUGGAUGAUGGAGUAGUUGUUAGAUCGACCGCGUUUAGGAUCGGAGGAUCUGUUGUUUAAAGGGCUUUUUGCAGCAACAAUGCAUGCAUGCAUGAGCUUGCAUUGCAUUUGCUAGGGGCCGGAGUACGUCCAAAGGAAAAAAGAGGGUGACCUGUGUUGUUGCUUUCUCCUGCAUCCGUCACAUGCCCUUGAGCGCUCCAUUUGCAUUGCUGUGAGCUCCGCUUUUCUCUUUGUGAGAUGGGAUAACACGAUCAUCAAAUCCGUGCAAUAUAUGCUUAUUAUUGCUCCUGGAAAAA